GCGGCAGAGCCAAAAUCGCAGGUCUCGGUGCUCGAACGAGUUUGUUCAGCAUGGCGCACCCAAUUCUCGACCACAUAUCCCCGCUGUACUUUUGCGCAGGCCUCUUCUUUGUCUGCCUGCUUUCUAUCUCUUCACGACGGCGUCCACGGUAUCCCCCGGGCCCGCGAGGUUUACCUAUUGUCGGCAACCUUUUCGAUAUACCUAAGAAUUAUGGCUGGAAGAGAUACAGAGAGUUUGGGCGAGAGUACGGAUCUGAUCUUGUUCACUUCGAGGUGCUCGGAACGCACAUCGUUGUAAUCAACAGCGCGGAGGUUGCAAAGGAUCUACUCGAGAAACGCUCGAGUAUUUAUUCAGACAAACAACGGUCGGUCAUGAUACAAGAAUUAACCGGCUGGCAUCGUAAUUUCUCCCUGCUGCCGUACGGCGAUGGCUGGAGGAUACGUCGAAGGCUGUUCCACCAACAAUUCCGUCCGAUGGCUGUUCCGCACUACCAUCCAAUGCAGGUCAAAGGGGUUCAUGGUUUGCUGCGGUCACUCCUAGACUCUCCGGAACAUUUUCGGGAUCACCUCCGUUUCAUGACUGCGAAAAUAAUUCUCAAUAUCGUAUACGCGUUCGACGUCCAACCUGGAGACCACAGAGUAGAGCUGGUCGAGAAAGGCGUCAAGACCGCAAUGGACAUCAUCGCUGCCGGCGUGUACCUGGUGGACGUCAUUCCAAUCUUAAAAUACCUGCCAGCCUGGUUUCCUGGUGCAGGUUUCAAGCGGCAGGCCGCCAACUGGAAGAUUCUCGUCGAUAAAAUGCAUGAGACUCCUUACUACGAAUUCAAGAAAACGAUGCAAGAAGGCAACGCUAAACCAUGUUUCGCAGCCACCUUGCUCUCUGAAGUUGAGAACACUGAGGACAUGAAAGAUCUAGAGGAAGUCUUUAUAUCCCUGACCGGGACGGCGUUUAUCGCUGGGUCUGAUACAACAGUGACGACGCUUUAUACGUUCUUUUUAGCUAUGGUCAUGUUCCCUGAGACACAAGCCAGUGCACAUGAAGAGCUUGAUCGGGUUAUAGGUAGGAAACGCCUUCCCGACAUUGAGGACCGGGACUCUCUGCCGUACAUCUCUGCUAUAGUUCAGGAGGUCCUGCGCUGGCAUCCAAUUCUACCUAUUGGGCUUGCGCAUCGGACUAUUGCCGACGACGAGUAUAACGGGUACCACAUCCCAGCCGGCACCGUUGUUAUCGGCAACUCCUGGGCAAUGCUGCGCGACGAGAGACUCUUCCCUGAUCCUGACUUAUUUAAGCCGGAGCGCUUCCUCAACGAAGACGGCUCGCUGAACGAUGGCGCUCACUAUCCCAUCGAGACGUUCGGCUUCGGACGGCGGAUUUGCCCCGGUCGCUACUUUGCUCAGGACCUGCUUUGGCUGACCGUCUCGAGCGUCCUUGCAGCCUUCAGGAUUGAGCGCGCAGCCGACGUGAACGGAAAGGAGAUUGUGCCGAAGGGGGAGUUUACUCCUCGGGUCCUUAGCAUGCCCGAACCUUUCGAGUGCCGGAUUACACCGCGAUUCCCAGGAACUGAGUCUCUGGUUCGCUCCACUUCUCUCACAGAUUGAAUUUCUCCUACGACAUCCUGCGAAUGUGCCAGAAUGUUCGCUCCUCGGUUAUUUGUUGAGAAAAUGGGCCGCGUGCAAUGUCAUAUGCAUCGACUCCGUUAUAUGCUUCAGAAUCGCUCAGGCUCUCACAUGAAGCACACAUGUCCUGACGCUUCGAUUAUGUUGAGUUACGUCGCGCGACGCCACUGCACACGUCUCGCGGCCAUAUCGUCUCAUCUGCGGCCGACUGGCACACCCACCUCCGGGUGACGCAUGCGUUGCCGACAU